AUAAAUUGAAAGUACGGCAACAAUAAAUGUACAACAAAAGUUUCCAAAAAUUACAGCGUCUUCAAUUUUAAGCUAAAUAUUUGUGUUUGUUUCCAAAUAGAUUUUUUCGAAACUUGACUAAAUUAAUUUCUUACAUGAAAUUGAUGAAUGAGUGUAUUCCAAUAUGCAAAUUAAGCACAUUCAGUAGAUGUUUCCUUUAAAUGUUGUCCGAUGCGGUAACAGUGUCAAAUAAUACAAACUAUGCCAGGAAUGACUUAAGUUGAUACAGGAAUCAGUUUCUGUCUGGUUCGAAAUACACAUAUAAUUAUACUUUAAGGAACAGUAGAUAUCAAAAUUGCUCAAUAUGUCAACUUACCGUGGUGUAAACUUUCACGACUUGUGUAGGGUCUGUACGUCCCAUACAGAACAAAAUAUCAGUAUAUUUUCGGCUGAUGGAAAGAGUAAAAAUCUUUGCGCUAAAGUAGCCGAUUGCCUGUCAUUGACGGUUGAUGAAAAAGAUCGUCUCCCAAAGGUGAUAUGUGUAACAUGUUUGGAACAGGUAGAGGAGAUUUAUAAAUUUCGAAAUAUUUGCAAAAAUUCACAAAAUGUGUUGAGCGACUGUUUGAAACAAGCUACGCAACAUAGUAGCGAGAAAGUCUACAUAAAAGAUGCUAAAGGAGCGAAUACUGGCAAGAGUUUUAGUGUUAUGUGCAAUAGCGCAUCAAAUAUUCGACUGAAUGGUUGUACACAAUCCUCAAUAGACGUAAACAACCCCACACAAUAUACGGCAAUAACACCCCAGCAAAAUUUUUCUAACUUGGGCGCAAAUUCGACCAACAAUGACGUCCUUAACUCGAUUAUGCAGUCAAUUGGAAUACAACAAUCAACGAUCGCUAAUCAGGCAGAAAAGCCACUCAUACAGGAAUAUACGAUAACAGUGGAUAGUAAGGGAGCAUUGAAGACUGAACCUAUACAGUAUAAAUCGGAUACAGCCAGUGUGGCAACCAGUUUGCAAAACCCUCAGCCGGUUCAACAGCAAAGACAGAAUCUGGCUAUGGAUUGUGAUCACAAAGCAAUAACUGAGUUUCUUAAAAUGAAACCAAACAUAAAAUUAACUCCUUUAGGAAAAAACAAUAAUAGGAAAAUAGAAGAGCAACCACAACAACCACAGUUGCAACCCCAGUCAUCUCAAAUCAUCCAGCAACAAGAUCACCCAAAUAACAGCAAUAACCACCAGCACAUCCAAAUUCAACAGCAUCCACCCUUAUCGCAAUCCACAACAGCUGCUGCCAGUCUGCAAUUACAACAACUUCAACAGCAAUUGCAACAAUUUCAAUUGCAACAACAGUUGCAGCAACAGUUACAACAAAUCACAUCUCAACUACAACCACAGUCUACAAUAACACUUGGUGCUCCAUCUACCCCUGUGGUGGAAACAAGCCCAAGCAAAAGCAAAAAGCCUAAACUGAAUUUCGUAUUGACUUCACCUACGUCGCAGACACUAACGGCUUCCUUACCUCAACUAUCUAUGAACGCUGGAACACAACCACAAAUUCAAUUGCAAUUUCAAGCACCUCAUACACAAUCUCCGGCUACUACGGCGACACUGCUGUCAAACUUGGCACCAUUUUUGCAACAGCAAUCAGCACAAACGCAUAAUUCGUCAAACAUACUGCAACCGUCAGCGUCAUCAACAACACCAACAACCCUAGUGACAUCGCCGAAUAAGUGUUAUCUUCCUAUUACUAUCAAGGAUGAAAAUUCGGAUCAGCAAAUUGUGGCCCAUAUAGAUGCAAAGAACUUUAUGCUACCUACAACAUAUCAAUUACAAAUGAAAGUACAGCCACAGAUCGCUACAGUGGAUGGACAGCCAAUUAUGCAAUUGACACCCACAUCCAUACCGGCAACCCUGCAGUUGGCGGCGUCAGCUUUAACGAAUCAAUCUUUUCAAGCGAUAACAGGUAGUAUGCUGCAAACAAUUCCGACAACUAUACAGUCAUCGCCACCACACCAACACCAACAUCAGCAACAGCCACAGGUGCAGCAACUUUCGAUGAAGCAGCUAGCGGCCCAGGUAACUUCCCAACAAAUAAUUCGGCCGGCAACACAGUUCACCAACGACGUCGCUACUUCUACAAAUGAACAAAUAGAAGACUUUGCGCCGAAUAAAAUAGAUAAUAAUAAACAGUUUCCAAAGCAGAUUGAAAAGGUAAUAAAACAACAGAAAUAUAGGCUUUCACAGCAAGUUGGCACUGGCACCAUUGAAAUAACACCAACAACAAACUUCAGCCAAGAAAUAGUGCAACAAGUGCCAAAGCAAAACCAACAGCAACAACAACAAAAUCAGCAAAAACCAUGUCCGCAGCAGCAGCAAACACAAGAGCCGCAAAACGAGGAGCAACAGAUGCAGACACAGAAGCAACUACAGGAUGUGGUAACAUUAAUAAAGACACAGACACAUAACGGCGUAACGGUGCAGCGCUUAACAAACAAAUCAACAAUGAAGUCACAACAACAAAAAGCGCCACCGAGCGCGGCAAUGCAAACGAAAAUCCCUAUGUUGCAAAAAAAGGAUGUGACAAUUAGCCGAAUUAGCAGUACCGCACAAACUCAACAGCAACAACAAGAGCAGCAACAAGCAUUACUGAAGCUUUUGCCUCCAACCACAGUGGAUGUAAAAACCAAAAACGCCAGCGGCACCGGCACACAAAUACAACAACAACAACCUCAAAUGCAAUUACAAUCCAAACAGCAAGAUACUCAAUCACAACAAAAUCAAACACCAAAUGCACUGUCCGCGCAAAAAAUAAUGCGACAGACAGAAAAGGUUUUAUCAAUACAAUCUCAGUCGCACUUGCACACACAGCAACAACAACUUUUUAAUACAGCUAACAAUAGAGCAACAACAGCAAGACUUCAACAGCAGGAGCAGCAGUUUUCAGCGAAUUCCACCGAAAAAGACGAUACGAAAGUGAAAACUGAAAGUGUGGCUGCGUACGGUAUUGGCCCAAAUGGUCUGGAGUGUAGCCAAUGUGGGCGCGUCUUCAAGAAGAAAGAGCAUCUAACUCAACACAUUAAACUGCACGCCGGCUUACGGCCUUUCAAGUGCAAGGAGGAGCAAUGCGGAAAGGCAUUCAGUCGAAAGGAGCACCUAAUGCGUCAUGAAAUCUCACAUUCAGGUCGAAAACUAUUCAGUUGCGACGUGUGCCAUAAACCAUUCUCACGUAAAGAUAAUCUCAAUAAGCAUAGAAGAAUUCACACUACUGGCGCAAAUAUCUAUAACUGUGAAAUAUGCAACAAGCAGUUCGCUGUGAGAGCAUAUUACGAAGAGCAUAAGCAGAUGCAUGAAAAUCCCGCUGGCAUCGAGAGUUCAAAUCAAAACGAUGAGAAAAGAACAAAUGGGCAUGACACCAACACCGCGGAAGUGGCUGUGCAACAUUCACAAGAUACCAAUAGACAGCAACAACAGACGCAAUUGCUACAACAGACUCAGCAACAGCAAACGCAACUUUUACAUCAGGCGCAGCAACAACAAACACAAUUGCUACAACAAUCACAACAAAACCAACAACAAACACAUGUGCAGCAACAAUCUCAACAGCAACAAACGCAUUUGUUGCAACAUUCUCAACAGCAACAACAACAACAACCUGAUUUGACAGCUAUACCACCGUCAUUAAUGUCAACGAAUCAACCUCAAACGCAACAAAUACAAAUAGUUCAACAUCAAGCGGGCAACACACAAUUUCAGCAGCAGCAACAACACAUCAUGCAACUACAAUUGCCAGCAGUUGUAGGUGCACAGGAUUUGGCUGGCAAUACUAUUACUAUAACACAAUCUCAUGAUCCGACACUGAAAGCUACAAUCGGUAGUCAUGAUGGGACGGUGCUGAAUCUGCCGACAUCACUGGCCAACCUCAUGCAACUUAGCCAUGCACAAUUUGUAAACACAGCCACUGGUCAAAUAAUGGGUCAUAUAAAAAUCGAGAAAUGAUUACAAUUACAAGAAUUUUAAAAGACAUUCACAUGUCAUACGUAAACUUACAAAUUAUUUUAAUGAAUUAAUUGCUACUUACAUCACAUUUAAAAUGUGCGCACAUGAAAUACUUAAAAGCAUAUGUACAUAGAGUUUCAAAGGAAAACAUGUUUUUUUUUUUUAUUUAAAUACAUUUAUUUUAACCAAUUGUUUAAAACAUUUGUGGAAUAUCGACGGUAUUAUUUAUUAAGACACGGUUUUUAAUCACACUUUUCCUUUCACUUCGUCUUAAUUUUAUUAAUUUAUUUUAAUUUUUUAA